AUGGACCUCAUCCUUCUUUUAAAUAACGUCAUGAAGUCUCAAUUAAUAAAACCAAUUUCUGAAACAGAAAUGAGAAUUUUAAGCUUGCCGACUGUUGUUCAAAGAGAAAUCUUUGGACAUUUUAAGCUUGAAGAGCUGUUAUUUUUAUCUUUCUGUUCCAAAAGAUUCAAGUAUCUAAUCCAAUCAAUUCAAGGACAUCGGCUUAAACAGAUUGAAACAAUCACGUAUACUUUCUCCCGUGGAAAGUUCUCUAUUGGAGCAGGAACGCUGUUCCAUUUAACAUUGUAUGAAGGUUAUUCGUGUAUAACGCCGAUGGAAUUAUUUGGAAUGAGCCGUGAGACACCAUGCUGUUGGAAUCGUUCGCCCUCCUGCUCACUAUAUAACUAUGAUGGGAAGAGAAGAGAUUCCAUUAUCCAAGGAGUUCACUCAUACAUUCAACAAUUCUUCGGACCGUCUACAUACUAUGAAAUCGAGAGCUUUAACGAAUUGCCAACGAGCCUUGAAAAUAUCAGACGCAGUUACAUAUUUUUGCCUGACAACUCAAAACCUAAAGAGUUGGAAGCAUGCUUCAAAAAAUCUCCAAUCCAGCAAUAUGUUUGGCUUGAAGGUCGUUUGAACGGCAAUCUGAGUUCGAAUUCUGUGAUUUAUAAAACCGAAUACUUGGAGGUUGACCAUUUCAGAAUUGGCGAUUUUUUGAUCCACUUCAAGGGAGACUAUCUUCGUUGUAAUCACACAUCUCUCGAUAAUACUGAAAUUGUCGAAUUCCUGAAUGCGUGGAAAUCCAACGAAAGAUGUAAAAAUUUGAAAGUUCUCACUAUCUAUUCUAUGUUUGACUUAGACAAGAACGAAAUAUUGGGGAAAGUUGGUCACAAAUCAUUGAACCCAUGGGAGUUCGUCGAGUGGGACAUACGCGAUGAUAAUGGAGGAGACAAUAUUACUACUACAACUACUCGUGAUUAUUUAAUAAGGGAAAGUGAUGGAAAACGAGCAUAUGUAAAUAUUACACCAAAAGUGGUGUAUCUUGCUGUUUUUGGUUCAACUGGGAACUACAUUAAGUUCUAA